CUUCAGAGGGGACAGACACCAUGCAGUAGUCCUGUAGCGGCACAAGGGAAAUGGUUUACUUCAGGUAAUGUUGAGACUAUGGACUAUAAGACAGUUGUAUAAUGAUUGUUUCUAUGGUUUGAAAGCUUUAAACUUUAGUUUUACAUUAUAAUAAAAGUUGCAUUCAAAAUGUCUUUCUGUUUACAGGGAUUUGAGUUGAACAAUGUUAAACUGACGAAUAAGAACAUGGUAUGUUUCAUUUCAUUUAAAUUGAAGCUUAUUUUAUGGCAUGCUAAAGUAAAAACCACAAUAAAACCAAAUUGAACAACAUUUCUGAAUGUUUUCAUUGAAUUGAUUUAGUCAUGAUGUUUUGGUGGGGAAUGUGUACUAUAGAGCUUCUGUGAAACAGCUGAUACUGCUUCCCUGUAGAAAUAGUUAACCAUGUCUAGCCCACAAGACUUUAGAUGCGUGUUUACAAUUCUUGUUUAGUGUGGAGACUAUGCCACCCCAUGACUUUAAUAUGUGAGAGGUGAAAUAGUUUUGACUGUGUUCUCUUCCUCUCACACUUUCUAUCAUUCGCUCUCUCUUUCCAUCCCUCUUCCAUCAGAGACGUCAUUCCCUUUCCUCUCGCCCCCCCCGUCCUGCCGGUCACCGCCACUGUGACAGCUGCUUCAGCCGGCGGUGCAAGGCCCCUGUGGAGAUCUCUGUGUCUUGUGUGCUCAUCCCCUGUCGCCUUUUGUGUGGAGCCCUGUUCCACAUGUGCAAAGAGGAGGAGCAUGCGCUGCUCUGCCCCAAUGAGAAGGUGCCAUGCCUUAACGCCGCCUUCGGCUGUCCAAUCAUCAUGCCCCGUUCCUGGCAGGCGGGCCACCUGCAGGUCUGUCCCGCCAGUGUGGUGUGCUGCUCAAUGGAAUGGAUCCGCUGGCCAGCCGAUGAAGCCUACGCAAACACACACCCCGACGUCCACGCACACACACACACCCUGCAUGAGAACCUGCUGAAGGAGCAGAAGGCAGGAGAACAGCUGGACCUGGCCAUGGCCCUGGAUGAUCAGAGACACCUGUACGCUCGUAUGAAGAUGAAGACUCUCUACCCAGAGAUGAUAGUGAAGGAGGAGGGAGAGGAAGAGGAGAAGAAAGAAGAGAAGAAAAAGAAGAAGACAGAAGACUGGGCUGCAGUGCGUCUAACUAAUGGGGCCUCCACCCUCCGUACGGCUGCUGAUGAUGGGUGUAGUGAAGAGAGGCCAUAUGAUAUCCUAUCUGGUAACCGGCUUUCCUAGACAAAUCCAAAAUGUUAUUAGAACUUUAUAAAUUACAAUAACUUGUUUUUCCUCAUUAUUAUCCUCUCUCUCCUCUGUCCUCACUCACGCUCUCUCUCUCUGUUCUUCCCCUCUCUCUCCCCAGGCAUUCCAGAAACAGCAGUGACAGACCUUUCAGACUUUUCUUUGGAGGAGGAGGAGGGAGAUGUGGCUGCGGAGGAACCAGGGGGAAACAUCAGCUCUGACAGAUACAACAGGUAUGAAAGGAUGUUCAAUAUGGAUAAAGGAGGCUGUAACCUGGACAUCAAAAAGAGCCGGGGUAGAGAAGGGAAGGAGUGGAACCAGUGGAUGGAGUUGGAGCAGCAGUCGUGCAGAGAGAAGAAGGAGAGAAGAGAUGCAGAGGCAGAAGGAGAAGGGUUGAUGGGAGCUCCGCAAGCUCCAGGAGCUUCAGGGAGACCAAGGGGGACCGAGGCCAAUGCUAACGCAACAGGGACUACAGGUAUGGCCCCAUGGCAGGACGGGGUCCUGCAGCGCAUGGCCAAGGAGGUCACCCCACAGGAAUUCAACAUGUACCUGGUGCACCACGGACGCAUGCUGCUCACCUUUGGCCAGAUGGAUGCCUGCACACCACGGGAGAAAGACUUUGUCUACGGAAACAUAGAGCCCAUCCCUGUUCAGACACUGUACUCCUUCAAGGUAAGGGUGGAAGGUAGAAGUGGGACCUGCAUGGACUUCACACACAAUGUAAAAAAUAAGGGCAAGCAGAAACUUGAUGCAGUUGUGUUCAUUUAUUUAAUAUUCUCUGUAAGGCAUAUUUAUAUUCACAUACACACAGAUACACACACUUACACACACAAAUCUUUGUAAAGUAAUGUCAUGUAGUCAUGUUACUGUACAGUGCCUUGCAACAGUAUUCAUCCCCCUUGGCAUUAUUCCUAUUGUGUUGCAUUACAACCUGUAAUUUUAAAUGGAUUUUUAUUUGGAUUUCAUGUAAUGGACAUACACAAAAUAGUCCAAAUUGGUGAAGUGAAAUGAAAAAAAUAACUUGUUUAAGAAAAUUCUAAAAAAUAAAUAAUGGAAAAGUGGUGUGUGCAUACAGUGAGGGAAAAAAGUAUUUGAUCCCCUGCUGAUUUUGUACGUUUGCCCACUGACAAAGAAAUGAUCAGUCUAUAAUUUUAAUGGUAGGUUUAUUUGAACAGUGAGAGACAGAAUAACAACAAAAAAAUCCAGAAAAACGCAUGUCAAAAAUGUUAUAAAUUGAUUUGCAUUUUAACGAGGGAAAUAAGUAUUUGACCCCUCUGCAAAACAUGAAUUAGUACUUGGUGGCAAAACCCUUGUUGGCAAAUAAACCUACCAUUAAAAUUAUAGACUGAUCAUUUCUUUGUCAGUGGGCAAACGUACAAAAUCAGCAGGGGAUCAAAUACUUUUUUCCCUCACUGUAUGUAUUCAUCCACUUUGCUAUGAAGCCCCUAAAUAAGAUUUGGUGCAACCAAUUACCUUCCGAAGUCACAUAAUUAGUUAAAUAAAGUCCACCUGUGUGCAAUCUAAGUGUCACAUGAUAUGUCACAUGAUCUCAGUAUAUAUACAUCUGUUCUGAAAGGCCCCAGAGUCUGCAACACCACUAAGCGAGGGGCAUCACCAAGCAAAUGGCACCAUGUAGACCAAGGAGCUCUCUAAACAGGUCAGGGACAAAGUUGUGGAGAAGUACAGAUCAGGGUUGGGUUAUAAAAAAAGAUCAGAAACUUUGAAUAUCCCACGGAGCACCAUUAAAUCCAUUAUUAAACAAUUGAAAGAAUAUGGCUCCACAACAAACCUGCCAAGAGAGGGCCGCCCACCAAAACUCACGGACCAGGCAAGGAGGGCAUUAAUCAGAGAGGCAACAAAGAGACCAAAGAUAACCCUGAAGGAGCUGCAAAGCUCCACAGCGGAGAUUGGAGUAUCUGUCCAUAGGACCACUUUAAGCCAUACACUCCACAGAGCUGGGCUUUACGGAAGAGUGGCCAGAAAAUAGCCACGCUCAAGUCUUCUGUUUUUUUGUCUUACGUCUUGUUUGUUUCACCCCAAAAAUUAUUUUGCAUCUUCAAAGUGUUAGGCAUGUUGUGUAAAUCAAAUGAUACAAACCCCCAAAAAAUCUGUUUUAAUUCCAGGUUGUAAGGCAACAAAAUAGGAAAAAUGCCAAGGGGGGUGAAUACUUUCGCAAGCCACUGUAUGUGUUAUCAAUCAUUGUUCCCCUGCAGGUUCCUGUCAGCUACCGAGAGAAGCAGCGUAGUAUCCACUACUAUGACGCAUCCGCCCGUGCUGAGAGUACCUGGGUCUGUGUGGAUACGUCUGACCUGGGGGCAUUAAAGGAGUCCUGGUGGACGGACGAGGCUGAGAGCACACUACUGGGAUACGCAGAGAGAGAGGUCAUGGGGCAUCAGGUAAGUGAAAGCUAUCAGAAGAGUUCUGCAGGUUAAAAUAAGUGCCAGUGCUAGGUGCAAUAAAAUGCUGAACAAAAAAAGAGCAUACGUUUCCCAGCUAUCAGAACAGAAAUAUAAUACGUACGUCAACAACACAUAAAGAUAUAAUAGCGAUGUUAACACAACACCUGGCUACUUUAUCAAGCGGUUCGGAUCAAGCGGUGUAACAGCUAAGGUGUUGGGUUGAAAGUCACAAGCCAAGGUCCCGGGUUCCAUCCCUGGUUGGGAUUACCCACUGAUAAACAAUGGGUGGAGAUUUCUCUCUAUCUCUGCCCGGAUAAGGUUAUUGGAGCUGUUCUUGAGCUGUUCUUAAGCGAGCUGAGAUGUCUUUCUCACAUCAACACCAUUAUCCCAGAAACCCUAGACCCACUCUAAUUUGCAUACCGCCACAACAGAUCCACAGAUGAUGCAAUCUCUAUUGCGCUCCACACUUCCCUUUCGCACCUGGACAAAAGGAACACAUAUGUGAGAAUGCUAUUCAUUGACUACAGCUCAGCGUUCAACACCAUAGUGCCCUCAAAGCUCAUCACUAAACUAAGGACCAUGGGACUAAACACCUCCCUCUGCAACUGAAUCCUGGACUUCCUGACGGACCGCCCCCAGGUGCUAAGGGUAGGUAACAACACAUCCGCCACGCUGAUCUUCAACAAGGGGGCCCCUCAGGGGUGCGUACUCAGUCCCCUCCUGUACUCCCUGUUCACUCAUGACUGCAUGGCCAGGCACGACUCCAACACCAUCAUUAAGUUUGCCAAUGACACAACAGCAGUAGGCCUGAUCACCGACAAUGACGAGACAGCCUAUAGGGAGGAAGUCAGAGACCUGGCCGUGUGGUGCCAGGACAACAACCUCUCCCUCAACGUGAUCAAGACAAAGGAGAUGAUUGUGGACUACAGGAAAAAGAAGAGGACUGAGCACACCCCCAUUCUCAUCGACGGGGCUGUAGUGGAGCAGGUUGAGAGCUUCAAGUUCCUUGGUGUCCACAUCACCAACAAACUAUCAUUGUCCAAGCACAAGAAGACAGUCGUGAAGAGCACAACAAACCCUAUUCCCGCUAAGGAAACUGAAAAGAUUUGGCAUGGGUCCUCAGAUCCUCAAAAGGUUCUACAGCUACACCAUCAUGAGCAUCCUGACUGGUUGCAUCACCGCCUGGUAUGGCAACUACUCAGCCUCUGACCGCAAGGCACCCCCCUCCAACCCCCCCUCUUUUAUGCUGCUGCUACUCUCUGUUUAUUAUCUAUGCAUAGUCACUUUAAUAACUCUACCUACAUGUACCUAUUACAUCAAUUACCUCGACUAACCGGUGCCCCCGCACAUUGACUCGAUACCAGUACCCCCUGUAUACAGCCUCGCUAUUGUUAUUUUACUGCUGCUAUUUAAUUAUUUGUUACUUUUAUUUAUUUUUUUGUUUUUGGUAUUCUUUCUUAAAACUGCAUUGUUGUUUAAGGGCUUGUAAGUAAGCAUUUCACUGUAAGGUCUACACCUGUUGUAUUCGGCGCAUGUGACAAAUAACAUUUGAUUUGAUUUUGAUUUGAUUCUCUCCGUCUUCCUGGUUCUAAGAUCAGUGAGCUGCGUGGACAGGAUGGGCUUUAUGUGGACAUGGGGAUGCAGACCCACUCCUUCAGGACGGCGCCGUUCAGACGAGACACGACGUUAGCAGACCUGACAAGGGACAAGCCUCUGAAGCUCCGCCUCCAGCUGCAGGCAGACAGCACCUCCAGCCGACACAACAAGGCUAGCUCCGCCUUCACCUUCCUCUGUGGACACUCCUUCCAACGGAGGGAAUUCCCCAAACACUUCAGGUAUCCCAAACACUUCAGGCACUCCAAACACUUCCAACGCAAAGAUUUCCCAACACUUCAGGUACCUGGGCCCCUGUGAUGUCAUGUAGCCUUGAGUAGUAGCCUUGAUAUGGCUGUAUAGCCUCCAUUGUAAUGGCUUCUACACAACUAAAAUGAAACAUCGUUAUCAUUAUUCAGGAACGUGCACACAGACAUUCAGACGUGUGCUAGUGGCUGGUUUGAGCAGAGGUGUCCCCUGGCCUACCUGGGCUGCACCUACAGCCAGAGAAGGUUAGAGCCUUUCAGACAACCUGCCACCGUCACCUACAAGUAAGAACCAUUCAACUAACUACUCACAACUCAUGCUCUGAUUAUGGAAGAACUGGUGUUUGUAUAUAGUUCAGUAUUUGUAUUUACAGUCAUUCAGUAUAUUCCCUCCAAUUGCAAUUGCUUUUUUUGGGGGUUGGUUGCAUUACCAUACCCUAAUCCUGGCCUCUGACCCUUUACCUACAGCCAGGAACUGAGCAUCUUCAACCUCCGACCCACCGUCCCAGCCUCUCUAGGGGAGGGACCAGAGCCCCCCAAACCCUCCAAGUCCCAGUCUGCUCCAGAACCUGUCUCAACCCCCAGGAGGUGGCGGUCGAAGGGAGAAGGGGACUGCGAUUCUCUGAGUGCUUUGCCAUCCGAGGUGCUGUGCCACAUUGCCAGCUUCCUGGACAGUCUGUCCCUGUCCCAACUGGCCCUGGUGUCCCGCCUCAUGAGAGAGGUGUGUUCCUCUCUGCUGCAGGACAGGGGGAUGGUGUCCUUCCUCUGGGAAAAGAAGACCUACAAGUCCGGUGUGGCCAAAUGGAAGGCCAAAACUGUAAGAGCACUGGAGGUUACAAUGACAACAGUCUGUCUAGUAAGUUAAAUGCAGUGAAAUGGAAACGUAACCCCCUUCUGUGAUUUGUCACAUGUCCCAUGUUCUCCUCUCUCUCCCUGCCUACCCUCUCCUAUCCUCUCUUUCCUUUCCUCUCAUCUUGUAUCUAUCCCCAGGUGUGGGAGUUCAGUCAUCUGUUCUCUACAGUGGAUUUGUGGCGUUUUAUAGACAACGUGCCGUCCAUGUCGGAGCACCUGAAGGUUUGUUCGUACUACCAGACCUGGGUACCACCCCAGCCGGUGGCCCUGCCCAGCAUGAGUCACCUACGGGGGGGAACACAGGAGCAGGAUAACCAGCAGAGACAGAGCCUGGUUACUCAGUUCAUGGGCAACAGAUAGCAGGGGAAAAAUAUAAUUCUGAUCCUUCCUGACAGUCAGUGCUGGCUGGUGGCACUUCAAAUCUGAGGAUGGGCUGACAGUAAUGGCUGGGAUGGAAUAAAUGGAAUGGUUUCCAUGUGUUUCAUACAAUUCCAUCAACUCCAUUCCAGCCAUUAUUAUGAUCCAGCCUCCCCUCACCCGCCUCCUCUGCUGACAGUCCAACCUUGAAGCAUGAAUAGAAGAAAUAGAACAAAUAUGUGCCAGACAUUUUCAGCUACAGAGAAUUCAGUUAAAAAGUGUGUGUUUAUUACUAAAACCUUAAGGUUACUUGUUAAAUUAACAGUUGGAUUUACCAGAAUCUCUACGCAGCUCAAAUAACCAAUCACACACAGGAGACGGACAGGUUGAGUGACGAAUGAGGGAUUGUCUCCCCUCAUACCAAAGAGCCAUUUGCCUGCCCUCUGAUCAUUCUCGAACAUGCCGGACUUCCUCACACUCUUGCAAGUAGGGGAAUGUGGUGAGAUAUCUCACUCAUAACAUCAGAGAACCGGGGUAAUGCAAGUAACCUUAAGUUAUUUUUCAAUUAUUAGUUUCAAUAUCUCACAGUGGGAUAUGGCCAACUCCCGUAUCACAUAUGCUCUCCGAAGCCAGGCAAUCUCAACGUAUCAACCCUCAGAGGCCUCGACACUGAGGACAGUAUGCGCCAAAGACUGCGCAGUGAAGUCUAGCCGGUAGAACGUCAUAAAUGUAAGCCUUUGCUGUUAUAGGCCAAUAUACAGUGGGGAAAAAAAGUAUUUAGUCAGCCACCAAUUGUGCAAGUUCUCCCACUUAAAAAGAUGAGAGAGGCCUGUCAUUUUCAUCAUAGGUACACGUCAACUAUGACAGAUAAAAUGAGAAACAAAUAUCCAGAAAAUCACAUUGUAGGAUUUUUAAUGAAUUUAUUUGCAAAUUAUGGUGGAAAAUAAGUAUUUGGUCAAUAACAAAAGCGCACUGAAUGAUACACCCUAUGACGUCUUCCAGUGUAUUGAUGCGGGGGGGGGGUUGGGGGGGGGGGGGGGUUGAGAUAAAAAAAUACAUGUAGUCCUGUUAUGUGGCAAUUCGCGAAGGCUCUAUGUUAUACUGAUCGCACUAUACAUUUUUGUGGGUGUAGAUAUGGUUGUCCUUGUUUGAUAGAGCCAUUGGAUGCCUUUCUGCGAUAUUCCUAUUGGUGAAUUCAUUGCUAAAUAUACAAGCAAACACAUUUUUUCCAGUCUCUGAAAGACUACAACUUGUGUUGGGCGGUGCUUCGUGCUCUGGCCCCUGUCCCUCCCCCAAGGCGGGCUGUUUUAAAAAGGAGGCAGAUACUAACAACAAUCCUUUGGGCAAAACUGGAAGAACUGACCAGAUGCAAUGGCUUCAAAUGAUUCCUCUCGUCAACACGAAUGCGAUGAUGGAUCAUCUAUUAGCUACAUGGAGAUAUUCAACCAUACAUGUUUCAAUCGGAAUAUAGCAAAGAGGAUUUGAAACAAAGAGUUCGAUUUAGCUAACGUUAGAAGCUCAGCUACAGCCGACGCCAGCACCAAGAGGGUAGAUGACAAAUAUGGUGCCUAGUUAAGUAAGUUAUUUUUCCUGCAUGCUAACUUUAGUUUAUCUACUGAAACCCAUAUUGCUGGUUAACAUACAGUGGGGAAAAAAAGUAUUUAGUCAGCCACCAAUUGUGCAAGUUCUCCCACUUAAAAAGAUGAGAGAUGCCUGUCAUUUUCAUCAUAGGUACACGUCAACUAUGACAGAUAAAAUGAGAAACAAAUAUCCAGAAAAUCACAUUGUAGGAUUUUUAAUGAAUUUAUUUGCAAAUUAUGGUGGAAAAUAAGUAUUUGGUCAAUAACAACAGUUUCUCAAUACUUUGUUAUAUACCCUUUGUUGGCAAUGACACAGGUCAAACGUUUUCUGUAAGUCUUCACAAGGUUUUCACACACUGUUGCUGGUAUUUUGGCCCAUUCCUCCAUGCAGAUCUCCUCUAGAGCAGUGAUGUUUUGGGGGCUGUCGCUGGGCAACACAGACUUUCAACUCCCUCCAAAGAUUUUCUAUGGGGUUGAGAUCUGGAGACUGGCUAGGCCACUCCAGGACCUUGAAAUGCUUCUUACGAAGCCACUCCUUCGUUGCCCAGGCGGUGUGUUUGGGAUCAUUGUCAUGCUGAAAGACCCAGCCAUGUUUCAUCUUCAAUGCCCUUGCUGAUGGAAGGAGGUUUUCACUCAAAAUCUCACGAUACAUGGCCCAGUCAUUCUUUCCUUUACACGGAUCAGUCGUCCUGGUCCCUUUGCAGAAAAACAGCCCCAAAGCAUGAUGUUUCCACCCCCAUGCUUCACAGUAGGUAUGGUGUUCUUUGGAUGCAACUCAGCAUUCUUUGUCCUCCAAACACGACAAGUUGAGUUUUUACCAAAAAGUUCUAUUUUGGUUUCAUCUGACCAUAUGACAUUCUCCCAAUCCUCUUCUGGAUCAUCCAAAUGCACUCUAGCAAACUUCAGACAGGCCUGGACAUGUACUGGCUUAAGCAGGGGGACACGUCUGGCACUGCAGGAUUUGAGUCCCUGGCGGCGUAGUGUGUUACUGAUGGUAGGCUUUGUUACUUUGGUCCCAGCUCUCUGCAGGUCAUUCACUAGGUCCCCCCGCGUGGUUCUGGGAUUUUUGCUCACCGUUCUUGUGAUCAUUUUGACCCCACCGGGUGAGAUAUUGCGUGGAGCCCCAGAUCGAGGGAGAUUAUCAGUGGUCUUGUAUGUCUUCCAUUUUCUAAUAAUUGCUCCCACAGUUGAUUUCUUCAAACCAAGCUGCUUACCUAUUGCAGAUUCAGUCUUCCCAGCCUGGUGCAGGUCUACAAUUUUGUUUCUGGUGUCCUUUGACAGCUCUUUGGUCUUGGCCAUAGUGGAGUUUGGAGUGUGACUGUUUGAGGUUGUGGACAGGUGUCUUUUAUACUGAUAACAAGUUCAAACAGGUGCCAUUAAUACAGGUAAUGAGUGGAGGACAGAGGAGCCUCUUAAAGAAGAAGUUACAGGUCUGUGAGAGCCAGAAAUCUUGCUUGUUUGUAGGUGACCAAAUACUUAUUUUCCACCAUAAUUUGCAAAUAAAUUCAUUAAAAAUCCUACACUGUACUACUGUGUUACAGUGGGGAGAAAUCAUAUUAUUGUUCUGUUUGCUAACUUAGCUAGCUAUGUAGCUAGCUAGCUAAACAACUACCGGUGCCAUAUCUAUGACAAAAAAUAGAAGAGGUUUUACAAUUGAAAAUAUUUGAUAUCUCGAUUGUAAAACCUCUUCUCUUUUUAGUCGUAGAUAUGGCUAGCUACUAAACAGCAAGCUACAACGUUACAACCAGCCACCUAAAUCUAGGUUUACCAGCAAAUGUUAGCACAUGGCUGGAGUUGGCUAGCUAGUUAACCUGGCGCCUGCUAACUUGUUAAGCACCAUGCCUCGCAUUUGUAACUUGUUAGCAAACAUGUGUAACAUCAACAACUGUAAAUAAUUUGACUAGCUCGCUAUCCAACAUAAUUGACAAGGGUUGACAUUGGUUUUGACUAUGACCUUGGAUGCAUUUCAAUCUCACAAAAGUAUAGGCAUGACGCAAGAUAGGAAUCCAAACAGGUAAAUAACAAGUAUUGCAUAUCCAGCAAGCUAGCUAAGUUAACUAGCAAACAAGAAUACAACAAUUUACUGUUGUAAAUCUCUUAAACUAAAGCUGGUUUUACUAUAAAAAAAUAUUUGCCUAAAGAUGCCUGAUAGACAUGGCUGUAGGUAGAUACUGUCUGCCUACCUACCUAGGCUCAUUUAUACAGUCACUUUGCAAAGGAGGGUUAUGCCAUAUUUCAUUCUAUUAGUCUAGAUAUUGAUGUAAAUGUAAUCUCUGUGCCUGUGCACAUGUAUGCAUGUUUAAAUAGUCUACCCUAAUUUUGAUGUUAUGCUGGCACAAUUCAGCUGUUGUUCAAACUAAACAAUAGAGUUAAAUUGUUUAGUUUUUUGUCUAACAGACCAGACAGUGUGGUGCCUGGGCUUCUUCCUGGAGUGGAUUCUAGAUACAGAAACAUAAUUCAUUUGCCUGCUGUGUGUCAUUGUAGCAGAACUGUAUCCCGUGAACUGUAUCCCUCUCAAGGGAUUAUACAUUAUGCUGGAUUUCAAGCAGAUGACUCAUGAGGAGCUGAAUGGCAAUUUGAUCAUGACAACACUCCUCCCACAGCUUUACAAGUAUUUGGAAUUGCAAUUUCAUCAUGACCACCUCUCCCAUCAUCUGCUGAUCACCAGUUCUCUUAGCUAUAGAUUGCUACACCAAAUAAUGUGAUUUAACCAAACAUUUUUGUUAUCCAUUACUGGGAGUUACAGGAUAGGUAUGGUUUGGCUCACAGAGUAAAUGUGAGGCAUGGCGCACAACAAGUUGCGGGCGCCAGGCUAACUAGCUAGCCAACUCCAGCCAUGUGCUAACAUUUGCUGGUAAACCUAGCUUUAGGUGGCUGGUUGUAACAUUGUGGCUUGUUGUUUAGUAGCUAUCCAUAUCUACGACUAAAAAGAGAAGAGGUUUUACAAUCGAGAUACGAAAGACCUCCAAUUGUUUUUUUUGCACUUUUUCUAAACAUCGUCACCCACCUCAUGUAGCCUAGCCCAUAGGCCUAUAUGUUUUGAUAAGGAUAACUAAACCAGCCAAAGAACUUCUUAAAAUUAAGCACAUUAAUCUGCUUUACAACGAGUGUAGAGCAUAACUGGCAGACAUACGCAGCGAGUGACCUUCAAGUUUGGGAAAGAUAAUUUUCUCCAUAAAAAUGCAUCUUUAUAAUAAAAGCAUUACAUGCAUAAUUGCAUUUGCGGUCGCUUUUGAUAAUGGUGUUUUCCUGCUAAUGGAACAUUCACGCUUAUAGCCUACUGCCAUGUGAGCAUUGCUGCGCUUAAAGUGUGAAGAAAUAGCCUAAUAGUUUCUCAACAUUUUAAGCUAAACGUACUGAUCUGUUCCGUCAGCCUCAUUGCGUAAAACUGGUUUUUUGAUGCUAUUGUUUUUAUUAAUUUGGGAUCUAUCGCAUUCCACAAAUGUCCCAGACUAUGUUUGGAAUAUUUAUUUCUUGCACAGAAUAGAAUAGGUACACAUUUGUACUAUGGGGGAUAGUAUAUUGACAUAGGCUAGUGCUUUUGCUGUUCGUUAGGCCUACUCAUCUUAUUGGCUGACGAAAAGUAAAUGUGGACAGUUCUUCCAAUAUCUUCAAUAUGCACCUUGGAGUUGGAUAAGGACAUGCGAAGUUGCGUCCCCGAUGUGUCUGUCUUCACUUGUAGCCUGUGAGAAAGGCCCGAUCACAUGAUGGCGAGCCAUGUGGGUGAGAGGUGCUUCGGAGCAAGCAGCACUCAGGGAGAAGGGAAUUAUGAUUAUUAUAUUCAGCCCAAGGGCACAACAGCCACUAGCCGCAAAAAGCAUUGAUUUUUUUAGGGGGCAUGACGGCCACACUAAGGGGAUGCCGCCGGGAAAUUCUAGGCAUUAUCAAGUGCUUGUCAAAUUGUGAAAUGGAGACUGAUGAAGCAUGUACAUCCUGCCCAAAAAACUUUUUUCAAAUCAUCAUUAGAGUCGCAUCAUGCAGCCUUACAAUGUAUUAAAAAUCUAAACUUAAAGGCCAACGUUUGUAGAACAGCUGAAGUUACAUUAAUAACUCUAAAUUGAGCAUAUAGGAGUACCUAUUUAUUUGUUAACCGCUCAACACAGAAUAGCUGUGUGUGCUCACUCCCUCAAAUCGUUUUGAGAAAAUAUCCUUUCUAUUUUAUUUAGCUUUGUUCAAUUGCAUUCUUUAUACUAUAAAAUAAUGCCACGGAAUUCUAAGCAAAUCUUGUCUGCUAACUGAACUAGUGUAGCCCACAGCCAUUUGGCAUAGCCAGAUGAGGACCUAACAUAAGGACAACUCAGAGUAUGCUAUUCUGUUCUUCUGAAAUAGACUAGAUUUUCUUCAUAUCAUGUUUCUUUAGACCUAAAAUAAAUAAUGGAUUUAUUGUGAAGGUGUAGGCUAUAUUACAUGGAUUUAUUAGACUUGGAAAUGUAGAUGUUCCAAAUGUCUGCAUCAGUGGCUUUUAGUCUAUGUGUGGAAGCCAGGAGCUGCUAAAUGUGUUCAUGUUAAUUAACGGUCAAUUACCGUGAGACCGGCAGUUAUUUGCUUGACAAUCACCGUCUGAUGAAAUUUUGUGACUGCCUCAGCCCUACCUGGGACAUGAGUCGCGCAUAGUGGCAGUAGGUGUGCGCUGCUCCACAGAAUAAUCCUGACAAAUAACCUGUGUAACCACAGGGAGCGAGUGCCACCCUGGCCGUUGAUGUACAGUCGUAUUGUCCGUUUUGUCCGUUUUGAUCAAGACGUGACAAUUCCGAAGGGAGGGUCGAAAGUGUCUCAGAGCAAGAAACACUCUCAGCAAUUCGAAGUAGUUUAGAAAUUAUGACCAAAGCAGAGUUGUGCGUUCCACAUAGGGGUCUCCACAGGUCAAAAAAGUUGGACCCGUUCCGAAAUGGACACGUGGCUUUCCCGCCCGACAUGCAUAAAUUACUUUAAAAAAACGGAGCAUUAGCAUUAUAUAAGCAUUAUAUUGUUUGAUUAAAGGAGUCAGUCUUGUAGGCCUUAAACAUUCUUCCUCACCUCAAGUUCAACUGUUGGAGUCCGUUUGAGCGCCGUUGCGUACUGCGCAUAUUGCAGCAUUAAAUGAAGUUUAUUUUUGCAUUUCGGCCUCCUUGGUUUUUCCUUUUCAUGGUUUGAGUGUGAGUAACGUAGUAAUUCUAUUAUAUUGCGGCAAACACAACAUUACAGUUGGAACUUAAUUUGGCCAAAGAAAAUGGCUCAACAGAAUUAAACAAAAUACUUUGCAUAUUAAAAUAAUUGGUUUAAACCUUUAGAAACGUUUUAACAGGUUAUAUUGCAGCAAUUAUCAACAAAGGCAAAUGCCUACUGUACCCAACAAAUGACAGCAAUACUUCAAUAGGCUAAUGAUAUUUAUUUUACAACAGGCAUACUUACAACCUUUCUUAAACUAAAAACGGAGCACAAAAUGUUCAACAGAAUUAAACAAAACACAUUUGGCAUAUUUAAAGAACAGGUUUACAUUAAUAAAUAGGCCUACAAUAAUAAUAAUAAUAAUAAAGAUAUACAAUAAUAAUAAUGAUAAAACAAAUGAUAAUAAAUACAAAAUAAAUUAUAGAAAAAAAAUUGCAUCGUUGCACACAGUCCAUUUGGCCACACCAACGUUCUUCUCACUUUGCCCAUUACAAUAUUAAAACUUGUCGGCUUCUUUUCACUAUGCUCUUUCUCCUCUAACUUUUGUUUUACUUCAAUGAAAAAUACCUCCGUCUUCGCAAUCAACAAUAGCCUAGGCUAGGCCAAGGUUCUCUCUCUCUCCUCAGCAGCAGGUGCACGUGAAGUGGCUGGUACCCGUUUGAGCUGGACCUAAGCUAUAUGUUUUAUUGAGUGUCAAUUGGCUCACAGAUACAGUGCCUUCAGAAAGUAUUCACACCCCUUGACUUUUUCCAUAUUUUGUUGUGUUACAAGGUGGGAUUCAAAUUGAUUUAAUUGUAAUUUUUUGGUCAACGAUCUACACAAAAUACUCUGUAAUGUCAAAGUGGAAGAACAUUUUUAACAUUUGUAAAAACAAAAAGAGAAGAAAAAGAAAACAUUAAUAUAUAUUGAUUACAGAAGUAUUCAACCCCCUGAGCCAGUACAUGUUAGAAUCACCUUUGUCAGCGAUUACAGCUGUGUCUUUUUGGGUAAGUCUCUUAAGAGCUUUCCACACCUGGAUUGUACAAUAUUUGCACAUUAUUAUUUUUCAAAUUCUUCAAGCUCAAGUUGCUUGUUGAUCAUUGCUAAACAGCCAUUUUCAAGUCUUGCUAUAUAUUUUCAAGCCGAUUUAAGUCAAAACUCUGUAACUAGGCCAUUCAGGAACAUUCAAUGUCGUCUUGGUAAGCAACUCCAGUGUAUAUUUGGUCUUGUGUUUUAGGUUAUUGUCCUGCUGAAAGGUGAAUUUGUCUCCCAGUGUCUGUUGGAAAGCAGACUGAACCAGGUUUUCCACUAGGAUUUUGCCUGUGCUUAGCUCUAUUCCAUGUAUUUCUAUCCCCCCAACAUACUCCCUUGCCGAUGACAUCAUACCCAUAACAUGAUGCAGCCACCACCAUGCUUGAAAAUAUGAAGAAUAGUACUCAGUGAUGUGGUUUUUUAGAUUUGCCUCAAACGUAAUGCUUUGUAUUCAGGACAUAAAGUUAAUUUCUUUGCUAAGUUGUUUGCAGUUUUACUUUACAAACAGGAUGCAUGUUUUUGAAUAUUUGUAUUAUGUACAGGCUUCCUUCUUUUCACUCUGUCAUUUAGGUUAGUAUUGUGGAGUAACUACAAUGUUAUUGAUCCAUCCUCAGUUUUCUCCUAUCACAGCCAUUAAACUCUGUAACUGUUUCAAAGUCAACAUUGGCCUCAUGGUGAAAUUCCUGAACGGUUUCCUUCCUCUCCGGCAACUGAGUUAGGAGGGACACCUGUGUCUUUGUAGUGACUGAGUGUAUUGAUACACCAUCCAGAUUGUAAUUACUAACUUCAUCAUGCUCAAAGGGAUAUUCAAUGUCUGCUUUUUUGUUGUUGUUGCCAUCUACCAAUAGGUGCCCUUCUUUGCAAGGCAUUGGAAAACCUCCCUGGCCUUUGUGGUUGAAUCUGUGUUUCAACUUCACUGCUCGACUGAGGGACCUUACAGAUAAUUGUAUGUGUGGGGUACAGAGAUUAGUUAGUUAUUCAAAAAUCAUGUCAAACACUAUUAUUGCACACUGAGUGAGUCCAUGCAACUUAUUAUUUGACUUGUUAAGCACAUUUCUACUCCUGAACUUAUUUUGCUUGCCAUAACAAAGGGGUUGAAUACUUAUUAACUCAAGACAUUUCAGCUUUUCACUUUUAAUUAAUUGGUAAACAUUUCUAAAAACAUAAUUCCACUUUGACAUUAUGGGGUAUUGUGUGUAGGCCAGUGACACAAAAUCAGAAUUUAAUAAAUUUUAAAUUCAGGCUGUAACACAACAGAAUGUGUAAAAAGUCAAGGGGUGUGAAUACUUUCGGAAGGCACUGUAACAAGCUUGUGCAGUUCUCAUGACCUCACACAUUAAAUAAACAGAGGACGUGUCCAAUCGGUCUGUAAAUGCAUUUUAAUUGCACAUACACGAGACCCGUGGCAAUUAUAUUAGACCCGACCCAAAUCAGAAUUUUGGACCCGUACCCGUGAUGGGGAGCAAAGCAGGUAAUCGUCUAUGUAGGUGGAGACUCUCAGCCACUUGUUUCGUUCGGGGAGCUCGUGCUAGCCCGAAUGGAACAGCGAGGUAUUCAUAGGCUGUGCCUUGAAAAGCAAACCUUAGAAGCCUCUUGUGUGCUGGCAGGAUGCUUAUGUGAAAAUAAGCAUCCUGCAGGUCGACUGUUGUGAACCAGUCGCCUCGACGAAUAGAGCGAGACAGCACGUUGAACGUAAGCAUACGGAACGUGAACUUCUUCAGACAGUAGCCCACGGGUCGGUAGUCUCUCGCUCACCAGUGGUGCCGGAGUGCCCUCUGGUGGCGAUGGAGCGAGGCUCCUUUCAUUGUAUUUUUGCUAUGUGUUGGUAGCAAGACGCCUGGAUACAGCAGACACUUUUUUUAUUGAAAAGGGCAGUGUUCACACACUGGAACAUGAAGACAGUGCAUGGUGGCGACUAACAAUUAGUCUUCCUACCACUGCUGUUUGAACUAGAGCCAGGGGGAGAGCCGUGGCACGUUAGGCAAUCAGGGGUAGAGUCGAUUCCCUCCGUCUUCCUUGAGAGCGAACACCCGAGAGGUGGUACUCCUAGAUCGGGCACCCCUUCUUCUCUCCAAGGGAAUCAAAUGGGCGGGACCUUGA